ACCGGUUACAACGAUGGGAGUGCCGCGCUUGUUUCGGCUGCUUGUGGAGCGCUAUCCACUGAUACUGCGAGGGCUGGACGAGCCACCGCCGCCAGAGUUUGACAACCUGUACCUGGACUUCAACGGGAUUGUGCACACAUGCACCCACGGCAAUGAGCUUGCUGCAACGCGAUCCCAGCAGGAGAUGAUGAUGGCCAUCUUCUCCGCCAUCGAGCAGCUGGUGGACGCCAUCAAGCCCAGAAAGGUCCUGUUCAUCGCCAUCGAUGGCGUGGCACCGCGAGCAAAGAUGAUCCAGCAGCGCCAACGCCGCUUCAAAGCCGCAAGGGCACGGAAGCAGUUCCAGCAAGACAACCCUGAGCAUGGCGAUGCGUUUGACUCCAACUGCAUCACCCCUGGCACAGAGUUCAUGGCGACCUUGGAGGAGUACCUCAUCUACUUCAUCCAGCGCAAGGUCGAAGAAGACGCAGCGUGGAGGGAUCUCGAAGUUGUGUUGAGCGGCCACCGCGUUCCCGGCGAGGGCGAGCACAAGAUCAUGGACUUCGUGCGCCGGCUCAAGAGUCAGGAGAGCUACGACCCGAACACGCGUCACUGCAUCCACGGGCUCGAUGCAGACUUGAUCAUGCUGGCGCUGGCAACACACGAGCCGCACUUUUGCAUCGUGAGGGAGAAGGUGUUGGUCCGAAAGCGCGGACGCAAGAUUGUCAAUGACCUGACCAGCAAGGCGACCGUGUUCCAGCACACGCAAGAGCUGCAGCUGAUCCACAUUGGUCUGCUUCGUGAAUACCUCCAUCUGGAGUUGAGUUUGCGGAACAUUGGUCCGGACUUCCGCCAGGGCCUCGUCUCCUCCGCCGCUGCGCUCCGUGACGCGAUGGUUGAUGCAAAGUUUCGGCAGCUGCCGGAGGAGAUGCAGGCGCUGCGCACAUCUGUUGUGCAAUCGCGAAACGUCGAGCGUCUCAUUGAUGAUUUCGUGUUUCUCACGUUUUUGCUGGGCAACGACUUUCUCCCCCACUUGGUUUGCGCUGAUCUGGACGAUGACGGGCUGGACGCAAUCUUCAGCGCGUAUCGUGAGGCAAUUACUCGCGAGGACCUCAAGACACAGUACCUUGUGGAUGCGGAGAAGGCGACGGUGAAUCUUGCCUUUCUUCGCGCCGUCUUUGAAGUGUUUUCACGCACCGAAGAGCAAGGCUACAAGCAAGAAGCCCAAACAGAAAAGUCGAAAUCGACCAAAUCCAAACGUGGUGGCGCAUCGCCUGCAAAGCCGUCAGCUGCAGCAGAGCAGCGGGCCAGCGAGCAAACUCAGCAGCCGGAGAGGAAGAAGGCCGCAGGCGCCUCACAUCACACACAUCAACCAGCAGAGAAGAAGAAACAGCAGCAGCAGCAGCAGCCAACGAAACAAGAAGAUGAAGAAGGAAAGAAGAAGAACAAGAAAGAAGAAGAGGAGGAGGCGCCGCUGUCCACGCCCGAAUCCGCAGCGCUGAAUAGCCUCCUCCAACGCGCCACCAACCAGGCUGCUCCGUCAACCACAUCCUCCUCUGCCCCUUCCAAUGCACCUCAACAGCAACAGCAACAGCGGCAGCAGCAGCAGCCUGUUGAUGUGCCCAUGGCUGCGUUCAACCCCGCCAACGUGUUUGAGCAGAUGGCGAGCGGCACGGGCGUGAAUCCGUUCGCGCCAGCAGAGGACGACGCUGCCUUUGACCCUGCGGUGUCUUUUCAGCCAUACAGCUUCCUGGAGGAGGAAGCUUAUGGUUCACAGGACGUGCCAUACUUCAUGAGCCACUCACCCAUGCAGCAGCGCCCACCACGCCCACCACCACCAAGCGCGUUUUACGGCCACCCGCGCCCGCCCGUCCACCACCCCAUGCACAUGCACAUGCACAUGCAAAUGCCGAUGCACAUGCGGAUGGGAGCGCCACCGCCACGCCCCCACGCGCCGUGGCAACGGAUGCCGCCGCCAGGGGUCGCGUAUGCGUCCCCGUAUGGCCCUGCGCGGCCACCUGCUCCCCAUGUGCCCGGUAUGCCGUUUGCGUACAGACCCCCAGCCCCACCACCACAGCAGCAACAGGCACAGCAACAGGCACAGCAGCAGCAGCAGCAGCAGCACGCCCCUGUGUCUGGCCGGCUUGGCGAGUUGCUGCAAGCUGCAUCGUCCAAGCAGGCAAAGCACCAGCAGAAGAAGAGCAAGGGCAAGAAGGGUGCCAGGAAGGACAAUCAGGACGACACGAGCGAGCCCUUGAGUAUUGCCGAGCUGGAGGGUGGGCUGGACGCAGCCAUUGCAACAGACCCUGCGCUUGCACCAGCAGCGCCAGCAGCGCAGACAUCGGCAGCUUCUGGUGGUGGCGGCGGUGGCGGUACACUGGCAGCCUUGUUGAGCGGGAAGAGCCCAUCAAAGUCACAGUCAACGUCGCAGCCAAAGCCAAAGCCAAGAGUAGCCGCGCCACCAACAUCGGCAGCACCGGCAACCACGUCUGAUAAGGUGCCGCAGCCGUCAAAGAAGACAGGUGCUUGGGGCACUCCCACCACCGCCACCGCUACCACCACCUCUGCCUCCAAGACAGCGGGGACGGCUGGCGUGUCGGUCGGCAAGAGGGCGCCUGCGCUGCGGCGAACGGCAAAGGGCAUCGUCGUUUCCGGUGGAGGCGGUAACAAGGCAGCAGCGGACAAGAACACCACCACCAAGGACAAGAACACGAAGGCCAAGGCAACAACAGCAUCAUCAUCAUCGUCGUCUUCGUCUGGCAAGCAGCAGACGGGCAGUGAGAAGAAGCAGAAGAAAACGACGAAGACGGCAGAAGAAGGUGGUGAAGCCACGAAAGCCGGGCAGGGCAACAACGAAGCAGACAAGGAGGCCGUCGUUGAGGAAGAAGAAGAGGAAGAGGAAGAGGAAGAGGAAGAGGAAGAGGAAGAGCCUACAACGCGAUGGGUUGUUGGUGUUGGUGACAUCUCCACCGUGGACGACUACUACCGCGUCAAGUUUGAGGACGUGGAGGGCCACCCCGUUGAUCGCGUGGUGCUCGUCAAGGAAUAUCUCGAAGGAUUGCUGUGGACCCUCAACUACUACUACCAAGGCGUUGCGUCCUGGUCGUGGUUCUAUCCGCACUACGCCGCUCCGCUGCCCACAGACGUCCUCGCCGCGUGCGAUGUUCUCCCCUCCAUCGCAUUUGACGCAGAGACAACACCGCUCCUUCCCUUCCAGCAGCUUCUGACGGUUCUUCCUGCGGAGAGUUCGCAGCUGCUGCCGCCCUCGCUUCGCCCGCUCCCGCUCGACCAAUUGAAGGAGUUUUAUCCAUCAGAGUACCCGUGUGUUCCGGACGUGCGCGGGCGCGAGUGGCGGGACAUUGUUGUCAUCCCCGUCAUUGACGGCGAAAAACUCCACUCCGCAUACACGCGUGCCAUUGCUGCUGCGCCACUCUCUGACGAAGAAACUGCGCGCAAUUCGCACGCGCCAGCGACCCGCUUCACCUUUGACAGCUCUGCCGCGCACAUGAACAAGCCGCCACCCGGUGCUGAGAUGCUUCGUGCUCACACCACACGCUGUUCGUCGGCUCCACUCGAGCUCGGGCCGCUGCCCGAGGGCCGGUUCAAGCCUGUUGUGCUGCCAAAGUGCAACACGGGCCCGUUUGCGCCUCCACCAGCGUUCCCAACUCUCAAAUUCCUCCGCUUCACCGCAACACUGGAUGACAUUGGCGUGCGUGUGCUUGGCCCCCGCAGCCGGCUGCCGUCGCUGUGCAUCCGCCUUGAGGACGGGCUCCAGCCGCCAUCCGCCCGCCCCUCCGCCGAGGAGCAGCGUGCUACGGCCAAGGCGGCAAAUGACCCGGAGAACUUUGAUCUGUAUGUGGAGGACAUCAAGCGUGCACGCAUUGCGCAGACGAUUCGACUUUUGCUGAACAAGACAUACACUGUCGACUACCCGUUCCCAUGCGUUGGCAAGGUUGUGUCGGCGUACGAUGAGGAAGGCCACCAUCGCUUCCACCGCGGACAGGUGAAAGUGCAAGCCGAUGCAACGUGGGAAGAAAAGCGGACAACGGUGCGCAACGAGUACCUGACAAAGCGUGGCGUCGACGUUGGCGACAUCGAGCUGCUCUUGGAGGUUGCUCCGCUUCGUGGUGUUGUCCAAACAACGUCGUACAACGUUGUCGAGGACUUUGACAUGCAGAACACCGUUCUUGUUCCAGCGCAGGCAAUUCCGUCCACAAAGCCGCGCGCCGACAAACGGUUUGAGACCCGCCAGCGCGACCGCUCCAAGCCGCUGCUUGAGAAGGGAGAUGCGUGUGUGUGCCUGCUUGAGGACAAUUUCGGUGUGACGGCCCGCGUGACCGGAACAACGUCGAAGCAUGAGCAGCUGCUUUAUGUGAUCAAGUCGAUCCCUUCGCCCCCGGACGAAUUUGAGAGCGCCGCUGCGUUUGCAGCCAAACGCCUCGCAGCCCAAGAGGAGGAGUUCAUGGACGAACCGAAAGCGGCGCGGGCUGUGGGCAUCAAGACCAUCACGUUCUCAAGACUUGCCAGCUGCAUCUCCGUGCGCUUGCCGGAUGGGCAGCGAGCUGAUAUUGGGCUGGGCAUCAAGUUCUCGCGUCGUCAGCUGUACAUGGCAGGAUACUCCCGCGCAGUGCCAGACAAGCGCCGUGGGAACGGUGCGGUGCGCUGGCAGUACACACAAGCGGCGGUGUCGCUGAUGCAAGAACUGAAGACGAAGUUUUCGGCGCUGAUGGCUGUCAUUGAUUCAGAUCCCAAGCAGGACCUCUUUGACCUCAAGCAGCUGCUCAGGCACGACAGCGACGUUGAAUCUACUGCUGACCAGCUGCUUGCCUUCCUCGCUGAUCUUCCAACGGCGCAGCAGCCGCUCACGUCCUGCGACAGCCGCGCAAUGCCGCCCCACGCCAUUGCCCAGCUCGAACAAGCCAUAGACGACGCUCGCAGCGCACACAAGGAUUUGCUGACGGAGACGCUGCGUGUUGCGGAGUUUGGUCUUCGCCCGGCGGUGCGCCUGCCCACCGCACAUCGCGACCACGCUUCGUUUGGGAUUGGCCACCGCGUGGUGUGCAUCUGCGACAGCGGCCCCGUUCCGUUUGGGCUGACGGGCACCGCUGUUGGCGUUGAGGCGCGCGGGCAACGGGUGCAGGUUCUCUUUGACGAGCCCUUCCUCAGCGGCAACAACCUCGGCGGAAGGUGUCGUGGCUUCCGCGGAUACACGCUGCCCCACUGGUCACUGCUCAACCUCACCACCCGUGCUGGCCGUGUUGCCAAGCGAUACCAGCCAAAAUCAAGUGGCGGGAGUGGUGGCAAGCAGCGUGGGAAGAAGAAGCAGGAGCAGCAGGCCUCUGCUAGCACUUACAAUCCCUUUGCUGCCCUUGCCUCAUAG